AUGCAGUCCUCUUCACGGCAGGAGGUGCUGCAGUUACAGGAUGAGCUGCAGCAGGCCUGUGAGCAGAGACAGGAGGCGCAGCGGGAGGUGCUCAGACUCAUGGAGGCGCUGGAGAACAUCACCCCCGCUAAAAUGAAGGAGCAGAUGGCACAGGAGACUGCAGCGCACUUGGAGACUGAGCAAUCCCACAAUGCAGUGCUGCUGAGAGUGGAGGAGAUGGAGAGAGUGGUAGAGAGGGAGAGAAAACAGGUGGAGGUUCUUCAAGCAGACUGUCACGCCUUACGUACUGACGGACGGGCAAACAGGGAGGAGCUAAAGAAGAGGGCGGAGCAAAUUCUGGGCCUGGAAAGAGAGUGUCAGCAGCUCCGAGAUCAAUCCGGAGUGAAAGAGACUCUGAUAUCACAGCUGACCAAAGAGAUCAAGAGCGUGAAGACGGCUCUGCAGAAACAACAGCAGGAGAACAGAAGACUUAUUAGAGAUGGGCGAGACCUCAGAGCAGCUGCAGAUCAAGUCCAGGUGUUGAAUGAAGAGUUAGAGGGUCAGUGUUCAGAGCUGAGCUCUGCUCUUCAUUCAUUAACACUGGAAAACACUCGACUGCAGACAGAAUAUCACAACAAAAUUAAGGCGGAGCGAGAUCGUGUGUCUAAACACCUUCAGGAGCAGGAUCUGCUUUUAGACACUGCCAGGAGGAGCAUCCAGGCUGAACUACAGGGCACCAUAUCAGAGAAACUCACCCUGCAGAAAGAGCUGGAGGCACUGAAGGCAGAUCAUGGCAAACUGCAGCAGAGUUCCACCGUUGCCCAGGAGACAGCUGUCAAUCAUCAGCAGAUGCUGGAACGCACCAUCCAGAGGCUUCAGGGGGAGCUCAGCUGUGCCGUGAAGGAUGGAGCGACCCUGAGAGAAGAGAGAGAUCAGAUAAAGAGUAAGAUGAACUCUGCAGUCAUUUUGCUGGAGAAGGAGAAGAACAUUCUGGAAACACAGCUGUCAGAGAUCAAGGUGGAGUUGACCAUGGUGAACUCAGCACUGCGGAAACAGAAGGAGGACAGCAAGGAGCUGAUGGAGAGCCUGGCAGCCUUGGAGCAUCAGCAGGUAACUCAUCGUCAGAUUGAACAGAUGCUUUGGGACUCGACAGACAGCAAGAACAAACUGGCCUACGAGAAGGGCAAGCUGCAGGCACGAGUGCAGCAGAUGGCCACUGACCUGAAGACAUUGAAAGCAGAAUGUACUCAACACUGUCAGAGCAACACUGCGCUGCAGAACACUUACACACAGAUGCAGAGAGAAAAUCAGACACUAAAAGAGCAACUCUGUGCACUUCAGCAACAGCACAGAGACACGAAUGAAGUAGCACAAACUCUGGAGAACGUCCUGUCGUCUCACGCUCGUCUGCAGCAGAACACACAGACACUGCAUGCAGAGCUGAGAGAAAGAGCACAGGAACUACACACACUCGGGAGAGAGAGACUGCAGGCUAUGGAAGAGAUUCAGAGGCUUGAAGCUGAAGUAGAGAAUCACAACGCAAGGAACAAUGAGGAGGUUGAAUCUUUGCAGAAAGCACUUGACGAAGCUCAGCUGGGCAACAGGAAACUUGCCCAGAGUUUAGAGCAGGCCUUACGGGAAAACCACAAUGCUCAGGAGAAACUAAACGCCCUCAGCGAGAGCAGGGAGGUGGAGCUUAAAGAUGCGAGAGCAGAGAUCCGUCGAUUGACAGAACAUGUAGAUUCCCUCAAGAACUUGCUCAAAAGAGAAAAAGAUUCUGGGAGGAAGUCGGCACAGAGGCUGAAGAAGGCACUAAAUGAUGCAUCGGCAAAGUCAGGUGACCUCUCACGAGCCAAUCAGGAGCUUCGAGAGAAGGUGUCUGAGCUGGAGAAGUUGGUGUCCAAUCAGAAGUCUCAACUGAGCCAGUAUCUGGACAACAGAACAGCUCUGAAACACUCUCUGAGAAUCAAGGAUUUAGAAGCAGAAAUUGAAAGUCUUGAAGAAGCAAAGGAUGAAUAUAAGAGGAGGAGUUAUGAACAGUCUCAGUCUUUGCUCCAGCUGCGUUCUGAGAUGGUUUCUCUCCAGUCUGAGCUGCAGUGUCUGUAUUCCACUCAGCAGGCGGAGCUACAGGCCGAAAGAGAUCUCAAUCGCACUCUACAGGAGAAAUGUCGGCACCUGGAAGAGAGUUUGAAACGGCUCCAGGAUGAGAGGGAUGAGGCAGAAGUGAGACUCAGGGAAGUUUAUCUGGAGUCACAGCAGAUCACAGAGAACAUGGAUGAGGACCACAGAGGGCUCUGCUCUAAAUCUGAGAGCUUUAAUGGCCAGGCUGAGCCACAGAAACUCACAGAGAGCUUUUGCAAGAUGGGAAAAGACGGCACAUGGUCCACUUCAGCUCAGACUCGUGUUUGCUUUUUUGACCCUGAACUGGAGCCCUGGGCCUCAGCUCUUCAGCGUUGGGAGAUCAAGAAAGAGCUGGGACGCAUCGCUGGCAGUUACACACCCACAGGACAUGUACGUGCGCUGACCACCUGAUAACAGCCUCCACGGAGAAGUGCAUCAAAAACCCUUAGAUCAUGCAUGUAAUCUGCUUGAAAGAAUUGUUUACAGUAGGUGUGUUUGUAUGCAAGUACAUAUCAAACAUAUUUACCAUAAACAUGUAUUUGAUUGCUUGAAACUAAAAAAUGCACUAGCAAAAAUAUGUUAUGUGUGUGUGUUGAAAGACACAGAUGGUCAGCUCAUAAAAUGAAGUGGAAACAGAGCUGCACUUUAUGACCACAUGCAGCUAAUUACUCACAACUUAUGUUAAACAUGUUCUUUCCCUGCAGCCCACAACAAAGUUAUUCAAUUGCAAUAAAACAAGGUCAAACUCCUAUACCUGCUAAAUAAAACCCCAGAAAGUACAAAUAUAACUGCAAGGGAGGUGAGGUCUUGCUGUAAGAAAGGGACAACCUCUAUUUUGUGUGUAUAUUCAGGUAAUGUAUUUAUAUGUUUUUUAUUGGUAUAUAAUUUGUCAUGCCAAUAAAGCCACUUGAA